AUGCCCAACCCGUACGGGCCCAGCGCCUCGCAAGUCUCGCGCUUCCCUUUUGCCUCGCGCACCUCCGGCCCCGCUCCGCUUUUCUACUCGGCAACCGACGACUUCCGGGAAGAGGAUGACGGCGAGGAGCACGAGCGCGAGGUCGCCGACUUUUACGCCCUUCAAAAAUCGCGCCGUCAGUUUGGGGGGAGUCAUUUGACCGACUCCUCUGAUAUGGAUGACCAUGAGCGCGCCUCCAAGUCGGAGCACAGCAACGGCGGUGAAGAUGAUGACGAAGGGGCUCCUUUUGCUAGAGGAAUCAGAAGCUCAUGGAGAGGGAGUAGGGCGACAGUACGAGGCAGAGAGCCUACUGUGCAGCCUAUUCAGGAAGACGAAGGUAGAGAACGGAGCGUCAGUGUUUCCGAGGCGAGUGCGCCGAGCAGCAAGGGGAAGGGUAAACUUGUGGAUGUGGAGUUGGCCUCAACAGCGAAGGACAGCGGAGAUGAGUUCCAAGACGAUUACUCAGACGACGACCAAGACGCUCCGCCGGCGUACCAGCAUCUCCCUCGAGCGCAAGGGAUCAAUCCGCCCCGUAACCCGCUACGCAAUACGCUACCGAUACCCCUGGAGACGGAUGAGGAGGCUCUCUUGCAGCACCCAAGACCAGCAAGUCCAGACCGCGAAACGGUCGUCACUAUCGUACCGGAGGAGCAGGAGGAGCGAUACGACAGCUUCUGGUCGUAUUUGUAUCUCAUUUGCCUCGCCGCGUUCUUGGGGACGGCAUUCCUCGUGUGGCUACAUACCUCCGCUCCCGGCAAGAAGCUUCCGUUGGGAGACACCAUCUAUUCGACAUUACAUUCGUCAUUUCACCUGCUCUCGGUCUACACGCUUGUAUCUAUGAUCGUGGCAGGGCUUUGGCUAGCUUGCUUGUCCUACUUUGCCCAACCGCUGGUGCAGCUAAUCACUUUGGGUGUGCCGAUCAUUCUUACAUCUUUCUUCCUAUACCCUUUCAUCUCAAGUUUCAAAGGGUCAGAAACCACUUUCCAGGAUAAGGCCAUGCGCUGGACAUCCUUUAUUCCCGGUAUCUGCGCAGUUCUCUGGAUUCACAUGGUAUACCAAGGGCGGCGCUCGAUUGAUAAAGCAACUCGUAUACUACAGCUUGCGAGCCGGGUACUCGCGGAAUGCUCGGCCCUGGUUCUUGUUGGCUUAGCCGUGCUUGCGUUUACCGUCCUAUGGACGUGGACGUGGAUAGGACUUUUCACCCGGCUGUUCCUCGAGGGUCAUAGGAGUGAUGGAAAGAUCACUCUUUGGGUCAUCGAUUUCAGUACCUGGUGGCUUGGGGCUUUCUACAUCCUGUUCUUCCUGUGGACCUCUUCAAUCAUCGCAGGAAUUCAACGAUCGUUGACCGCCGCCACCGUAAGUCAGUGGUACUUCCACCGCUACGCGACGCCAAAGCCUACAAGCCGUCAAGUUGCUCAAGCAUCGUUCUGGCAUGCCGUUGGUCCGAUGUUUGGCUCCGUUUGCCUUUCGACUUUCCUGACAAUCGCCCUCCGACUCCCUCUGAUGGUUCUCCCCCGUCGCUUUGCUGCCUUUGUGAGCCUUUGCCUGUACCAAUUCAUCCCAACUUCAGCGGUAAUGCUCACAAACCCGCUCACGCUUACUUACGCCUCAAUCCACUCCAUGGACCUCCGUCGCGCAGCUCACGGGCUCCGCCAGCUCUCCUUCGUCUCGCACUCGCGACCCACGACCACGCUGACGCCGCGCUCAUUCUCGUCGCCCUCGGGCCAUGAACUCGUCCCGUAUCGUCUGGCGAAGCUGUUGCUGCACGCAACACGUUUCGUCAUGUGUAUGGCUCUGGGGUUCGGCGGCUGGGCCGGCACCGCCCAUUCGCUGGAGCUCGCCGGCGCGAAGCACCACGGUAGUUACUACGCAUACGUCGUCGGCAUGAUCGCCGCUGCAAUCGGCUGGAGCGUGCUCGGCGCGUUCGAGGGCGUGCUGGGAUUCAUCCUGGACGGCCUGAUCGUCUGCUGGGGUAGCGAGGUGGGCUCGCAGGGCACGGGCCAGAGUAGGUACUGCCCCGACGCUGGCCAGCUCUUCGGCGAGGAGUCUCGUAGGUAUUAG